AGACAGCCAAAAAAGGUUUUACGGUGUUCUCUUUCGACCCUUUCUUAUUUUUUCCAAUUUUCCUGUCUGCAGUCUAGUCAUCUUUAAUCACCAAUUCAUCAUUAUGUCACAAAACGACGAAGCAUUUUUGAUGUCUUCGGAAGUUGAAGAUGGUCUUGUUGUUGAGGAAGAACUCGAUGAAAAUGAACCGCAUCCAUCUACUUCAACUAAUAUUUUGAAUCAAGAUGAUGUUGAAAGCGAAAUGAAUCGCAUUCUAAGCACACCCUGGUAUGAGCUCAAUCAAGACCAAACUGAUGUUAUUCAAAGACUUGUCUCAAUAUCGGAAAACAAUCAGAUUGACCAUGCGGACUUGAGGAACUCAAUUGAAAAUGCUCUAAUCGAACUAGCAACCAUUCGUUGGAGAAAUGCACAAAUUGCUCAGAACUAAACGCUGCCUAUACAUAUAAACAAUCCCACAAUGUCGAUAAUUUUAAAAUUAAUUUGCUAUCAAAAAUUAAUUGCUAUCAAAAAUUUGAUUACUUCAAUAAAAUCGUUAUCACUCACAAAAAAUCAGAAAUUUAUUACGUACUGC